GCAGCCCCGCCCCCGUCCCCUCCUCUCCCCCCUCAGCAUCCGUGGAGCGGGCGAGCAUGGACCAAACCCGCCUGCCCUGGCACCAUGACGCUCGCCGGCUUCGCGGUCGCUCUGAUUUUAGGGGCGCUCCCCGAGGUGGCCGCCUCUGAGCCGGUCCUGAGUUACCCUCUUCACCCUCGCCACCCGCCCCCUCCGGGUCCCCAGUCCUCUUACCACCUUCCCAUUCCGCGGCCACAGCAGAGGACACCCCCACCGCCCUCUCCCCCGCGCGCCCCGCGCCCCCCGCCGGCGCGCCCCCCGCCGGCGCGCCCCGCCUCGCGCCCGCACGCCCUCUGCGCCCGGCACGCGCCCCGGCCGCACCCCGCGGACUGCCCGGCCCGCGCGCCCGGGGCCAACGUGACGGACUUCGGCGCCCCGUGCCUGCGCUGGGCGGAGGUGCCAGCCCUCCCGGCGCGCGCGCCCCCGGCGGGCUGGGCUCAGCUGCGAGGGCAGCGCCACAACUUUUGCCAGAGCCCGGACGGCGCGGGCAGACCCUGGUGCUUCUACGGGGACGCCCGCGGCAAGGUGGACUGGGGCUACUGCGGCUGCAGGCACGGGUCCGUACGACUUCGAGGUGGCAGAACCGAGUCGGAAGGCACGGUGGAAGUGUACGCCAAUGGCGUUUGGAGCACAGUGUGUGGCAGCCACUGGCAUGACUCUGCUGCCACGGUCAUUUGUCACCAGCUGCAGCUGGGAGGAAAAGGAGUAGCAAAACAAACUCCGUUUUCACUACUGGGCUUUAUUCCCAUUUAUUGGAGCAACAUCCGUUGCCGAGGAGAUGAAGAAAAUAUACUGCUUUGUGAAAAAGACAUCUGGCAGGGAGGGGCGUGUCCUCAGAAGAUGGCAGCUGCUGUCACAUGUAGCUUUCCCCAUGGCCCAGCGGUGAGGAGCUCGCCUGUCAUCCGCCUCGCUGGGGGGAGCAGUGCCUAUGAAGGCCGGGUGGAGCUCUACCACGCUGGCCAGUGGGGCACCAUCUGCGAUGACCAGUGGGAUGAUGCGGAUGCAGAAGUGAUCUGUAGGCAGCUGGGCUUAAGUGGCAUUGCCAAAGCUUGGAACCAGGCAUAUUUCGGGGAAGGAUCUGGACCAGUAAUGCUGGAUGAAGUGCGGUGCACUGGGAAUGAGCUUUCUAUUGAGCAGUGCCCAAAGAGUUCCUGGGGAGAGCAUAACUGUGGCCAUAAAGAAGAUGCUGGAGUGUCUUGCACCCCUCUAACAGAUGGGGUCAUCAGACUCGUAGGUGGUAAAAGCAGCCAUGAGGGUCGCCUGGAGGUGUACUAUAGGGGACAGUGGGGGACUGUCUGUGAUGAUGGCUGGAAUGAGCUGAAUACAUAUGUGGCUUGCCGACAGCUGGGAUUCAAAUAUGGCAAACAAGCCUCUGCAAACCACUUUGAAGAAAGCACGGGGCCCAUAUGGUUGGAUGAUGUCAGCUGCUCGGGAAAAGAAGCUAGCUUCCUUCAGUGUUCCCGGAGACCGUGGGGAAGGCAUGACUGCAGCCAUCGUGAAGAUGUGGGCCUCGCCUGCUUCCCCGGCAGCGAUGGACACAGACUCUCUCAGGGUUUUCCUAUCAGACUGAUGGAUGGAGAAAAUAAGAAAGAAGGACGAGUGGAGGUUUUUAUCAAUGGCCAGUGGGGAACAAUUUGUGAUGAUGGGUGGACUGAUAAAGAUGCAGCCGUAAUCUGUCGACAGCUUGGCUACAAGGGUCCUGCCAGAGCAAGAACCAUGGCUUAUUUUGGGGAAGGAAAAGGACCCAUACACGUGGAUAAUGUGAAAUGCACAGGAAAUGAGAGGUCCCUGGCCGACUGUAUCAAACAAGAUAUUGGAAGACACAACUGCCGUCACAGUGAAGAUGCAGGAGUUAUUUGUGACUAUGUAAGCAAGAAAGCAUCCGCUAACAGUCAUAAAGAGGCCCUUUCCUCGGUUUGUGGUUUGAGAUUACUGCACCGGCGGCAGAAGCGGAUCAUUGGUGGAAAAAAUUCCUUAAGGGGUGGCUGGCCUUGGCAAGUGUCCCUCCGGCUGAAGUCUUCCCAUGGAGAUGGCAGGCUCCUUUGUGGGGCCACGCUUCUGAGCAGCUGCUGGGUCCUCACAGCGGCGCACUGCUUCAAGAGGUAUGGUAACAGCACUAAGAACUAUGCUGUUCGAGUUGGGGAUUAUCAUACUCAGGUGCCUGAGGAAUAUGAGGAAGAAAUUGGAGUUCAGCAGGUCGUGAUUCACCCAGAGUACCGACCAAACAGCAGCGACUACGACAUCGCCCUGGUGAGACUGCAGGGACCAGAAGAGCAGUGUACGAGGUUCAGCAGCCACGUCUUGCCUGCCUGUUUGCCCCUCCGGAGGGAGAGGCCACAGAAAACAGCCUCUAAUUGUUACAUCACGGGAUGGGGAGACACAGGACGAGCCUAUUCAAGAACUCUUCAACAAGCUGCCAUUCCCUUACUUCCCAAGAGGUUUUGUGAAGAACGUUAUAAAGGCCGGUUUACAAGGAGGAUGCUGUGUGCUGGAAAUCUCCAGGACCACAAACGCGUGGACAGCUGCCAGGGCGACAGCGGAGGACCACUCAUGUGUGAAAGGCCAGGCCAGAACUGGGUUGUGUAUGGGGUGACCUCCUGGGGGUAUGGUUGUGGAGUCAAGGAUUCACCAGGUGUUUAUACAAAAGUCUCAGCCUUUGUACCUUGGAUAAAAAGUGUCACCCAACUCUGAUUCUUCCUGAAAAACUCAAGAGAAAACACACUAUCGAAAUACCUGUUGGAAAGAUUUCAGGCUAAAAUUCACUCAACAAGUGAGGACUUUUAUGUUUAUGUUUAAUUAUGUUUCCCUCCCCUUUGCUGCUUUUAAGAUUUGUGAUGUGAACAUUUUUGGCUAGAUACCUCAGUGUGAUUCUGAUUACAUUCAGUUACCAUUGUUGCCUGCCCAAAGCAGUUUUACUGGUGAUUAAAUUCUUUAUUCUCAUUUAAGCUACAUUGAUCUCUUUUGCCUGUUUCUGAGCAUUCUCGAGAUUAUCAAAUAUUGAGAAAAAGGCCAUUUUUACAUUUUGAUUGAGAAUGCCUUGUAAUUGAAUUGAUACAUGCAUUCACAUUUUAGAUAAAAAAGUACCCUUACUAUACUCAAGUAGUGGGAGUUCUUAAAAAAAAAGAAUACAUGUUUCUAUCUGGGUAAGCCCUGUCAAGUAAGGAAAUCCAAGGCCAAAAUGGUAAAGGAAUAUUCAUCAUAAAUCUCAACUGGAACAGGAUCAAGCCACAGGGAUAUAUGUCCAAUCACAAUUAUUCCCAAGAAGCCAUCAUACCAAGCACUAUGGCAACUAUGACAAAAAAUAGAUUCUAGCUCCAGGUAUGUUACAAGCAAAACUUGCAAUUCCUGCUAACAAAGAAUGCCUUCAAGUUAUUGGUUGCACAAGUCAAUAUAUCCACUUUUCUAUCUCCUGUUCUUGCUUCUAACCUUACAAGUCUUCUGGAUAUGAUGAGAGUGCCACCUACUGCAACUUUCUAGUAAUUGGUCAAAACUGCAGAUUCCCCAAGACUGUUACCUUAUAGAACCUGACAGGGGUAUACUGUUUAAAAAAAAAUGCUUUCCAUGCCAGUUAGGUGAAGGCUCCACACAAGUUUUCAACCAACUUACUGUACUAAAUACUGCGUAAGUUCACUGUGCACCUCAAUUUACAAAGGACUUAAAAUUUUAGGAAAACAGGUCUAGAAGCCAGUUGAGACAGCUGAUUUUGAAAGGCAACUGCAGAAAGAAGUCCUGAUGCUGACAAUGGUUACCAGCCCACACCCUGAAGUUUCUCCUCUACUUACCAAAGGGCAAGAGAAAGCUGCUUAUCACACAUCCUGAAAUCUAUCCUUGGCAGCAGUACAUAAUCUGUACCCAAGUAUGAGGUAUGUCCCUCGAGACACCUAAAUAAUUUUUAGACAUGACUGCCAAUGAAUCCUCCCUGAAAUCCUAAGAAAACUCUUGUUAUAUGCAAGAGGUAGAUGUAAUGACAAAAAACCAUAAAGUUUAAUGUUAACUUUAGCAUUGAGUGGCUUAAAUAGUCUCCCCCUCAAGUUGCUCAUAACAAUGGACUGGACCUUUUGCAUCAAAUCAUGUCAUUUUUGUAAAUCCUCAGCUUUGUUUAAAAAAAAAGUUAACUGGUGCUUACCUAAUGGUGCUUUAUAGUUUACAACUUUGCAAAAAUGUAAUGUUAUUUAAGUAGGAUUACAUUAAAACUUCUAAAAAGCUCAAGAUUUUGAUAGAGGGAAAAUGUUUAAGUGUCACAUAAUGUAAUGAUUGAGCUGCAUCUAAUGUAGCUUGCACAAGGGCUUGGGAAGAAUGUGCAAUACAGGUGAGAAAGUCUGCAGAAACCCCUCACAGGCUGCCCUUAUAACUAGUGCUGGAGGAAGCAACAUUUAUAUUGAAAUUCAACUGAGCUAGGCUGGCAGACAAAGUUAUCAGUUUGUUCAAGCUUGAAUUGGAAUACUUUGUAACAUGUUAUAGCUCAUUUCUUGGUAACUGACUUUUACUAUAUACAAGUGUUUGUUGCAUAUUUGUGUAAAUAAAGCACAUAGCUUUUC